CAAACUGAAUCCAAAAUACCCCGAAAUCGAAUAGUCUCUGACCGGAAAAAUCACUUAUCUAAAAUGAAUAGCCAAAAUAACAAUUUCUGGAACGCUAUUCUACAUGAUGUUAACCGUUCCGAAAAGCUGAAAAACAACGGGCCUCUCUACCGGAAAAUUGUAACUGACCUAAUUGAGACACUGCGUUUGCAGUUUCCUUCCGAGUCCAUCCAUGUCCAUUAUUUUGGUUCUAGAACAGUGGGCUUAGCAGGUCCAGACUCAGAUCUUGAUUUGUAUGUGGAUAUUGGCAAUAGCAGUGGUAUUUACAGCGAUAACCCGACAAAAGAUGUGAUUGAGAAAGGGAAAUCUAUAACCAAAGCCAUUCAAAGCAAACCUUCGACGUGGGUAUAUCUCAAAAAUGUUGGAGGCAGAUGUCCUAUAGUUAUUGUCCGGCACAAGAUCUCUAAUAUCGACUGCGACAUUAGCUUCUCUAACAGCAUGACCUGCGGCCAGAACAAGCUGGUUACCUACAUCUUUGAACUGCAACCCAUCGGUGAGUGCUAUCAAUAG